UUAACCGAGCGCGCGUUUCCUUUCCGCUAGAUCUAGGUAAUAGUGUGAUAAUCGCGCGUGUACGGGAUACGCGUGUGUUUUUCCGGGUUGUCAACAACAAAGGGCCCGAUCGUGGCGAGACAGCCGCGAGAAAACAUCCCGUAUCGUCGCAUCCAUGGCAGAUCAUGAGGUUGUCCAAGCGAAAAGUAGCUGGAUUUGGGGAUGGUUUAGUUGGUCCGGAUCAUCUUCAACCAUGUUACGUACUGUGGAGAAAAAGAUUUUAUCAUGUUUAAAAACAGCAUAUAGAGGAUGGUUUGUGGAUAUUGGACCAGUAGUAGGACCAGCGGAUAAAAUAUGGACUAUUUCGUUAAAUGAAGAAUCACCAAAGACACCGAUUGUUUUAUUACAUGGUUUAGGAUCUGGAGUAGCGUUAUGGUGUUUAAAUUUGGAUACGCUUGCAUCUCAGAGACCAGUAUAUGCCAUUGAUAUAUUAGGAUUUGGUAGGAGUAGCAGACCUGUUUUUAGCACUGAAGCGCAAAAGGCUGAAGAACAAUUAAUACGUUCCAUAGAAGAAUGGAGAAGGGAAAUGCAACUAGAAAAUUUUGUAUUAUUAGGUCAUUCAAUGGGUGGUUUUCUUGCGGCAUCUUAUGCUAUGCAAUAUCCUGAAAGAGUAAAACACCUCAUACUAGCUGAUCCAUGGGGUUUUCCUGAAAAACCAGCCGAUGCUGCUGCAAAGGCAAACUUACCAUUUUGGGUUAAAGCUAUUGCAUUUGCAGUGCAGCCUUUGAAUCCUCUAUGGGCAGUUAGAGUCGCUGGACCAUUUGGACAGUGGCUUAUUGAAAAAACAAGACCUGACAUAGUGAAGAAAUUUUCUCCUUUAUUAAAGGAUGAUAUUGCUAUAAUUUCACAAUAUAUACAUCAAUGCAAUGUGCAGACACCAUCAGGUGAAAGUGCAUUUCAUGCAAUGAUGUUUGGUUUCGGAUGGGCGAAAAAUCCUAUUGUCAAAAGGAUGCACAAGUUGAGCAAUGAUAUACCUAUAACAUUACUUUAUGGCAGUAAAUCAUGGGUUGAUAAUUCAGCUGGUGAAAUGAUAAAGCAGUAUCGAUCCUCAUCGUAUGUUAACGUCCAAGUUAUUACUGGAGCUGGCCAUCACGUUUAUGCAGACAAAAGUGAAAUCUUCAAUAAAUACGUACUGGAAGCAUGCGCUUUAAGUGAUUCGAUACCUCGUUUAACAUCAUCACAUUUACGCUCAUAUGCUAAAUUCACUAGUGAUGACGAAAUAAAUGAUUUAUCUAAUGAAGCAGUUGAAACACCAAGAUCCGAAGAACAAAAUUUCGGAAAUUAUGAUCAGAGUCCGGAUCUCGGUGCCGUUUUCCCCAUUCCAAGUGCAUGCUAGCAACCGAACGCCGCGAAAAGCAAUAUUGGCUAUUUGCGCCGGUCUAACGUACCACAGAGGGCACCUUGACAUAGAAU